UCCCCACGACAGCUUCCCAGACACUCACUCCUUCUCUGCUCUCUCUCUCUCUCUCUCUCUCUCUUUUCUUUUCAUUUAUAAGUCUCUCUCUUCCUCCCUCAUCCGCUAACUAACAUCACAAGGACAACGUGCCCUCCUCCCGGCGAACGUUACACACCACGCCAUGACUCCGAUCUUAUCCUAUGACGCCAAGCAUGGGGCCCUCACUUUCUUCUUCCUGCUGCUUCUCUCGCCGGCAAUCUCCCCGGUCGGAGCUCAGCCCACCCCCGAACCCUACCGCUACCAGCGCUUCAGCCCCUCCAUGGCCAUCAUCAUCGUCGUCCUCAUCGCCGCCCUCUUCCUCAUGGGCUUCUUCUCCAUCUACAUCCGCCACUGCUCUGACGCCCAAUCCGCCAGCAUCCGCGCCGGCGGAACCCACACCGGCCGCUCCCGCCGCGGCGUCUCCCGCGGACUUGACGCCGCCGUCAUCGACACCUUCCCCACCCUCGAAUACUCCGCAGUCAAGGGGCUCAAAAUCGGGAAAGGCGCGCUCGAGUGCGCUGUCUGCUUGAAUGAGUUCGAGGACGACGAAACGCUGCGUUUGAUCCCCAAGUGCGACCACGUGUUCCACCCCGAGUGCAUCGACGAGUGGCUGGCUUCGCACACCACGUGUCCCGUCUGCCGAGCUAACCUCGUCCCUCAACCCGGCGAUCCAAUCACCCAACCCACUGUGCUCAACUCGGAACAUGUACCGGUUGACGUCGAAGCUCAGAACGACGCCGUUGAGUGGGCACCGGAAACAGACGAGGGCUGCCAGGAAACGGUAGAGCAACCCGAGUUGGUGAGCAUAAACCAAACGCUGAACCGGAACCGUACACGCGGAUCGAGAUCGAGCAGGUUGCGUAGGCUGUUCCCGCGGUCCCACUCGACCGGGCACUCUGUGAUUCAGCCGGGCGAGGAUACGGAGCGGUUCACCUUGAGAUUGCCGGUCGAAGUGAGGAAACAGAUCAUGAACCGGAAACUGAACCGGUCCGUAAGCUUGCUGGUGUUGCCCAGAGAAGGGAGUUCGAGGCGUGGGCCGCGAAUGGGCGAGAGUGGCGGUAGUAAUAGGUUGCUGAACUAUAGAAGGCUUGAGCGGUUGGACCGGGGUUUUAAAUCGGACAGGUGGGUGUUUUCGAGAACGCCGUCGUUUCUGACGCGGAUGUCGAGUCUUCUGUCGCCGAGGGCGGCGGCUAACGAGGGUGAGAAAGCGGUGGAGCCUGGGAUGUCUAGGAGUGGCUCGGUUCGGCCUCCGGUUUAAUUUUAUUCUUUUGUAUUUUUUAAUUUACCGCCACCGUGCCACGGGCUUAGAUGAAUUUGUUAAAUUGUCUAUAAGAGUUUUUGUUGUAAUUUUCUGGAAUUUAGAACCCGAGUGAAUGUAGUAUGACAAUGUUGAAAUACAAAUUAGAUAGUAAAUGGAAUUAAUAUUUCUU